CUUUUCCAGUUGCUUGCGUUUUCUAAUCAAGUCGCCGAGCUUCGCGCCAUGGGGUCGUCUCAGAUCUCCACAGGAGAAUGGAAAUCUCUCUUCCCAAUUUCCUCAGUCUUCAAGCCUCCCCUCCUCCUUUCAAACCCUUCUCUAAAACCCAUCCUGGGUCCUCUGAUCUUCAACCCUAAACCCAACUCCACAACCCUCCUUUUCUCUUCUUCCUCUUCUCUCCUUGCCCCUCUCCCUCCUUUACCUCAUCUCUCUCUACCUCGUUUUCUCCUCACUUCCCCCCCUGACUCUGCCCCUCUUCCCUCCUCCGUUCCCUCCGUAGCCUCCUUCUUGGGCCCGCACCACCCCAAAAGCGACGUAUCCUCGUCUCUCCUCUACAACCGUCUUCAAUUCCUACAGUGCCCGCAGAUUAACACCGUCGUUGUAUUCUUCCCCACCGGUGAAAACUCUGACCAAGUUGGGUUCUUGCAGUUGGUGUUAAAAGGUUCGACCUUUGAUGUCAAAGUGGAUGAAAACGGAGGGGUUUUCGCUUCCAGGCGGUGGUUUAGUUAUCGGAUUUCGAGGAUUUCAGUGAACCCGAUUCUGGGGUUUUCGAGUUUAAGAGUUGUUUGUGAUGUGCGCAAGCCAUUGAUGCCAGUGUUGCAAUGGGCUCAUGGCCUUGAUAAACCAAGUUAUGUUGAUGUUUUAAGACUGUCAGAGUUGAGGUCACAGUCGAGGGAUGACAAAUUUAAUUGGGCUUCUGACUCGGGUUUUUGCAUUAUAGUGGGGUCGUUUUGGAAUUGUGAGUUUAGUAUCUUUUGCUAUGGACCUUCCCUGCCAGCUCCGAUAGGAUCAGUAGCGUCGAAAAUAGCAGAACUUCGGAAAUCCUUCUAUGCAUGGGAGCUCCCUUCAGAUCUUUUAUUGUCAGGACAUGAGUGCCAUUGCGGAAGCUGUCUUGUAAAAGAAGAGUUUUCAAAAGACGCUCUUCCUGAAUGGAUUGAUUGGCAGCAGAAGAAAGAAAUUGUUUUGGGCUUCGGCAUUGUAAACAAAGAUCUGUCUGCUCUGCUUUCUGAACCAGAUGAAUUUGGUGGUUUUACAUUGAUAAGGCUUAUGUCCUCAGGGAAGCUUGAAUUACAGAGAUAUUGUGCAUCGUUUGAUUCUGUACAAAAAGUAGAAGAAUCACACGGAGAACAUUUGCUUUUUAAGGAUUAUUUGCUGUACUCCCCAGUUGAUGAGGAAUACAAAUUUCCUAGGACAUUUAAGUACCUUAAACUUGACUACCUCUGUGGUUAUCUGAAUGGUAAUCUUGAUGAAGUCUUAGAUGACAAAAUAAAAAUUCCCUAUAAUGAUCAAGGGAAGGAGCUUUUUAGCUCAGAGUUUCAUGAAACUUUAUGCAAAAAGUUAGAUGCUUGUGGUUUUGGUAAGUUUAGAUCAUCUCCUGCAGUUACAAGUGUUUUAAAUGACAUUAGCUUGCCCGCAAGCAUACACGAGGUUGUUUUGAAGAGAUUGUGGUCAGACUUGCCCAUUGAGCUUCUGCAACUGGCCUUUUCUAACAACUCUGAAAUCCUUGAAGUGCUUGUGGACAAAAAUAGGGUGGCUUUGGAAUUCUCUGUAGUACCAGACCUAUCUCAGUUGCCUCCUUUCAUUUUAAGGAAGUCUUCAUGCCGCAGCAAUAAGUGGUCACAGAAAGUGCAACCUGGUGAUGCCCUUGUGGGUCCAGUUCUUCCUCUUCCUGUUUUGCUUGCACUUCAUGAAUAUCGCAAUGGAUGUCCGAAUUCAGAUGAAAAAUCAGGUAGAUUUUCAGUAGAGGCAGAAAUCAAUCGCAGCUGUGAUGAGGUCAUGCAGGUCACCGGUGAACUGGCUGUUUCUAUUUCUGAGGCUGAGAUUGUCAAUAAUCCAGUGACGUCCCUUGCUAAUGAUGGAGACGAGACAUGGAGAAGCUCUCAAAAGUCAAAACCUUUCUUUUCAUAUCAGCCAGUUGCGGCUAAAGGAUCUCAACUGGAUCAUACACAGGGCAAAUCUGUUUAUAAGGAUGACAGGUUUGACACCUUAAUUUCUAAAGUGUCUGAUAAGAAGCAUGUAUCCAACGGCAAUCAGGAUAAUGUCGGACUAGAACUAUUUGAUGAUCUUUGCCCUGUAGAGUUGAGAUUUGAUGCUUCUUCCCUGAAGUUUGAACAGAAGGAAUUGGAGGCGUAUUCUAAAUUGAAGGGGGAAUUCUUAAAAUGGCAAAAGAGCUUUGACUUGUAUCAAGAAUUCUGCUCUCGGAUUGAAUCAAAAAGCUCAUAAAUGUUUCUUUAAUUCUUUUUUCCAUGUUCCUGCAAAUUUUUCACCACCGAGUUAAAACCCUCUCUUCUGUACUUGUUUUCCCUGUAAUUAAUUUUGAUUUAUUUAGAUUAUAGAUGAAUAGGAAAAGUUCCUGUGUAUACAACAGGAUCAUAAUGUAAACAGCCACAGCUACCCAGACAAAUCGUUUUAUACAGUAAGGCACAAAAUGUUUGGUAUUUCA